UCGUUCUUCGCUCCGCCGUUCAGUCUUCUCGGGCAGGGCGCGCUGCAAAGGCUCGGCAACGUCGUGAGCGAGUCGGGAGCGAAACGCUGCCUCGUCGUGUCGCAGACGAAACACUUGCGAGACGAGGACGAGAAGGACGUGCUGAAGAGACUGUGCAAAGAGCUCUUCGACGCGGGCACGGACGCGUUCAUCUUCUCCGACGUGGAACUCAACGCGACGACGGAAAACGUCGCGGCCGCGCUGUUGAUGGCGUACGAGUACGACGUCGACUCCAUCAUCAGCGCGGGAGGGGGCUCCGCGCACGACGUCGCGAAAGCCGUCAGGGCGUUGUACCGCAAUCCCGAGCAAGACGCGGUUCAGGAACUCGUCGGCGUGGACGAGAUCGCGGCCGGGUGGAUCCCCGCCGUGCCUCACUUCGCGGUGUCCACGUGCAUGGGAGCUUGUUCCGCGCUCACGAGGCUCGCGGUGAUCACGGACCCGCUUCAUCAGGAGACGCUCGAGAUCGUGGACUGGCGCAUCACCCCGAGCGUCUCGUGCGACGACACUCUGCUGAUGCUCGAGCAACCGCGCGAAAUCAUCGCCGCGGCAGGCGUCGAAUCGUUAGCGCACGCGUGCGAGGCGUUUCUCAGCAACGCGUCGACUCCCGUGACGGACGCGAACGCCCUUCACGCGAUUCGUUUGUUGUCGUCCUACCUCCGCGCGGCGGUGACGUCGACGCCGAAAGACACGAAGGCGCUCGACAUGAUUAAUUACGGCAUGUUUCUCGCCGGCGUUUCGUUCAACUCCGCGGGACUCGGUCUAUCGCACGCGAUCGCGAACGCUCUGUGCGCGAAGUACAUCAACCUUCUCUCCUCGGAGUUGCUCGCGGUGAUGUUGCCCCACGUUUUGGAGUUUUACGGCGAACAGAGCGAGGAAAUGAACGACGACGCCGCGGAACUAUUCGUCGACCUCGCCGAGGCGAUGGGGUGUCCGAAGACGUCGUCUCCCGCGAGCGCGGUCAAGUGCGUCGUGCAAAGCGUCGCUCGGCUCGUCUCGGACGUGGAGCUGCCGCAGACGCUGAGCGAAGUCAACGCGAGGCAG